AUGGACGAGCUCUCUUCUGGAAAUUGGAAAGUUGUGCAGACAAAAACAUUCACAAAAUGGGUAAAUAACAAGCUAAAGAAGGCUGGCUUUGAUACCAUCGACAGCCUUUUUGCUGAUUUGUCCUCUGGAAUUGCCCUUGUCAAUCUUCUAAAUGCAUUGGGAAAAGUUAUCUCCAAGUACAACACUAGCCCUCACUCGAGAAUUCAGAAGAUGGAGAAUUUGAAAAUAAUUCUUGACUUUAUCAAAGAACAGAAUAUUGCACUUGUGAAUAUUGGGCCAGAAGACAUUGUUGAUGGUGAUCAGAAACUUAUCUUGGGACUUAUUUGGACGCUAAUUUCAAAAUUGUCUAUUUCUGACAUUCUUACUAGCGAAUUCUUCACUAUGAAAGAGGAAAUAUUAAGCUGGGCUCAGAGAGUCACGGAGGAGUAUAAGAAUGUGAAGAUUGAAGAUCUUUCAUCCAGCUGGCAGGAUGGGCUUGGAUUCAGCGCAAUAAUCCACAAGUUCAGGCCCAAUCUUAUGCCUGAUUUUCAUUCAAUGGAUCCAAAAAAUAAAUAUGAAAACUGCAGCAAGGCGUUCAAAAUAGCCGAAGAACAUCUUGAAAUACCAAAAUUAUUUGACCCGGAAGAUAUCAUUGAUGUUAUUAGGCCUGAUGAAAGGAGUGUAAUGACAUACUUGUCACAGUUCUACCAAAAAUUUCUAUCUGAAGAGCGACAGAUUGCAGCUAAGGAUAAGCUCAAGAACACACUCAAGGCCAUUGAUUGGUCUAUUGAGGCUAGAAAUUCAUACGAAAGAAAGGCUGAAGCGUUUUUAAAGGAAAAGAAGAUCGUACAUGAGAAAGUGAGUGCUUUAUCAUCUAUUUUGAAGACCGUCGUUGAGGAGCUAAGGAAAAUUCAGGAUACAAAUACAGACUUGAUUGUUCAGUCUGCAGAGCUGCACUUACUUUUGAAUGACAUCCAAGAUGUUCAUCAGCUGAUGAGUCUGAAAAGCUACCAUCCACCCGAAAGGCUUUCUGUUGACAAAAUCGACAUGUCAUACCUGAAUGUUUCUAGCAUCCUCGAUUUGAACUCCAUCAAAUGCGAAGUCUCAGAGUUUGAAAAUACAGAGGCUCUUGAACUUGUCAGAGUGAAGGAUAUUUCUAAUCAAAUUUACACCAUAUCAGACAAGGAGUCACAAAUAUUAGCUGUUUCAUCUAAUGAGCCGAAGUUUAAUCCCGUGCAUCUAUGUUCGCUAUCAAAGCAGAAAGCUGCCGACAAGCUUAGAGAGUUCUUUGAAAGCAAAAAGGAAAAGCUUAAGAGGUUCAUUGAUCUGAAAAAGGCAUCUGAUCUGAUGAUUGGCGAUGCCAAAAAGAUGUUUAAAAUCAAAGAUGUUAAGAAAUCGGGGCUGAUUAGUAUUUCUGAUUUUAAAAAAAUACUCAGAGCAUUGAGAUUCGAGCCCAGCUUGGUAGAGGACAGUGUUGCCUCGAUGGAGGGAUCGAUAUCUAGCGAAAAGAUGGAGGAUGUCCUUGUUAGGUUGAGUUACUCAAAGAUGGUCAAGUCUCAGAUUGUGAAUGCAUUUAAGGAGAUUGGGAGUAGUGGCAAGUUAAAAUUGGAUAGCCUACUGGCUAACUAUAGCAUCAAAGGGCUAGCUCAAAUUGUUGGCGAAAAUAAUGAGAUUGAAGUUGAGAAGAUACUGGAAAUGGUUGAUGAGUAA